GCCCGCCUCCCGCCUUCUGCCUCCAUCCCUCGUCGUCUCACUGGCCCCCGGCCGUCUUCUCCCUUUGCUUCUUGUCUUUUUGUCUCCAACCCAGACUUUGUAUCAACCCCCAUGACUUCAGAGUCCCAGCAGCCCGCCGGCGCCUCCGUCAUUCGCAGCCAGUUCGUCAACCACGGCAGCAACUUUUCCCGAAAGGCGCGUGAGUUGGCCCAUCUGAACGGCCUUGUCCCUCCCGCCUUCGAAACCCUUGGCCAGCAGGUCAAUCGCUGCAUCACCUACUUCCGCACCCUGCAGACCGGCCUGGAAAAGUACUCGUAUCUGAAUCGCAUCAAGAACGAGGAUGUCGACCUCUUCUACAAGCUCGUCAUUGAGCAUAUGGCUGAAAUCUGCCCCAUCAUCUACACCCCCACUAUUGGCGAGGUCUGCCAAAAGUUCUCGUUCAUCUACACUCCUGGCUUCUGUGAGGGUCUUUUCCUCUCGAUCGAGUACCAGGAUUACAUCGACGAGGUCUUGGCCAACUGGCCCCACCCUGCCCCUGAGAUCUGUGUCAUCACCGAUGGCAGUCGUAUCCUUGGCCUCGGUGAUCUUGGCAUCAACGGCAUGGGUAUUCCCAUCGGCAAGCUCUCGCUCUACGUCGCCGCUGCUGGUUUCCAUCCCGCUCGCACCCUUCCCAUCACCCUCGAUCUCGGCACCAACACCGAAAAAUACCGCAACGACCCCCUCUACAUCGGUACUCGCCGUGCUCGUCCUGCCGACGAUGAGUUCUUUGCCUUCAUCGACAAGGUCAUGGUUGCUCUGAAGAAACGAUGGCCCCAGCUGCUCGUCCAAUUUGAGGAUUUUUCGUCCGAGCAUGCCUUUGAUACCCUGAGCCGAUACAAGAACCGGUACUUUAUGUUCAACGACGACAUCCAGGGCACCGGCGCCGUCAUCCUCGCCGGCUUCAUCAACGCUGUCCGCCUCUCCGGCAUUCCGCUUUCGCAGCACCGCAUUGUCUUCCUUGGUGCCGGCUCUGCUGGUGUCGGUGUCGCCUCCCAGCUCCAAGAAUACAUCAAGAAGGCCGGCAACCUGAGUCACGAAGAGUCUGCCAAGCUCUUCUGGCUCGGUGAUUCCAAGGGCCUCGUCACCUUUGACCGUGGCGAUACCUUGCCGCACCACAAGACCCUCUUUGCCCGCUCCGACAACGCCGGCCAGCAAUUCAAGUCCCUCGACGAGAUCCUCGACUAUGUCAAGCCCACCUGCUUGAUCGGCCUCUCCAGCCAGGGCGGUGCCUUCACCCCCGAGAUCAUCAGGAAAAUGGGCGCCCUUAACGACAAGCCCAUUAUCUUCCCUCUCUCCAACCCCAGCUCCAACGCCGAGUGCAACUUUGAGCAGGCCAUGGUCCACACCGAGGGCCGUGUCCUGUUUGCCUCGGGCACCUCGUUCCCCUCCUUCCCUCAUCCCAAGACUGGCAAAGUCAUUGUCCCUGGUCAGGGUAACAACAUGUACAUCUUCCCCGGCCUCGGUCUCGGCGCCGUCGUUGCCAAGGCUCUCCACGUCACCGAGGAACAAAUCUACCAGAGCGCCGUCACCCUGUCGGCCUCGCUCACCGAGGAGGAGAAGCAGGAGCAGCUGCUCUACCCCAAGCUGAACCGCAUCCGUGACAUCUCGGCCCUCAUUGCUCGUGACGUCAUCCUGGUCGCCCUCAAGGAGGGUCUUGCCACCGACUCCGAGGUGCUUGAGCUCUACGGCGCCUCUGCUGGCACCGUUCCUUCCAAGGACAAGCACGAGAGUCCCGAGCUCGCCCAGAAGCUGCUCGAGAUUGUCCAGAGUCGGAUGUACGAUCCUGCCAAGACUCACGAAAGUGAACUGAUCAGCGGUAUCCGCUCGCCGCAGUCUCCCGUUGGCCCGACAAGCGGCUUCUCGGCCUACAUCCCCAAGUGGUUGGCCAAGUUCCUGUCGUAGAUAGAACCGACACGACUACCGCUGCCGAUCAUGAUGGUCUGUUUCCGCAGGAUCGGCGGUGGGGCUAUGGUAAUGAUUUGAAGUUCUGCUCAUUCCCAAUACACCAAUUGCUUUGUUCACUCGAGACAGUGACGUGCUCUAUUUCAGCUCAUUGCGUGCCCUUUGGUGCAGCUGAUGAUGGGGCCUCACGGACGGCUCCGGUCCUGGGUGCUGCCCUGUGUGCAUCGCAACGAGUCCAAUACAAUGUGACUCUGUUGAAAGAGGACACCUCCACGCGUG